UAUUCCUAUAUCUGCAUUUGUUUUUUCACCUUUUCCCGAAUUUACCUCAAAGGGAGAGGGAGAGAAAAGACGCGGAAAUGCUUGUUUCCGUAAAAGCAGUUUGCAGACGAUCGUCCGUCACGCGUUCAUAGCAGACGACAGGUGCGCUCCCCUUGAACGACGCUUGCAAAAUGUGUAGUAAUUCGUUGAACGAUGUCGCGAAUGUUCCACUGCUGUCCGCUGCUCCACCGAAAGAAAAUACUGUCAUAGGAAAGAUAGAGGGCCUGAUUUUACAAAUCGUGCAACAGAUAAUGGACGAAGAACCGCCAAUCUUUGUUUACGACCGCCGCUCCUCGUGGGAUAGCGUAGUUUACUCCCACGGAAAAGGACUUUCCCGCAAACCUUCGCAUUCAAAGACGGUGACUGCGUUUGGAAGCGUUUCAUCUCUGAGGAAGUUUUCCUUAAUGCUGCAUAUAUUGUCUAAAAUACAUUACCUGUUAUCCACCGGCACAAAAAGUACCAAGCGGCAGAUCUACUACGAAGACGUUGUGCUGUUCGGCUCGCAAGGGAUAGUGGACAGAAUAGUCGAAGACAUCGCGUGCAUGCUUGAAGUACAGAGACACGCUUUGAAUUUGCUUGCCACAUCCAAAGGUUGUAUUGCAGGUAACGUUGCUUUCACGGAUAGCGACGGCAACUUUAUUGACUGCGAGUCGAAGGACGUAUUAAUACCUUCGGAUGUCCGAGGCAUCCGUGAAGUACGCUCGCCCGCCAAGUUCAUCUUGGUAAUCGAGAAAGACGCGACGUUCCAGAAGCUUCUCGACUCCCAGAUCGUUCGGUUGCUCGGACCUUGUGUACUGAUAACUGGGAAAGGGUUUCCGGACGUAAACACACGUGAAAUGUUACGCAGGCUGCAUGACGACCUAGAUGUGCCUGUCUACGCUCUCGUGGAUGCUGACCCGUACGGGAUCGAAAUCCUAUGCGUCUACGCAUUCGGAUCGCUGGCUCUCGCAGAUGAGACUCUGGCAGUGCCGCGGAUAAGGUGGUUGGGAAUUCACCCGUCGGACAUUGAAACAUUCCAGCUCGAAGGUAGCGCAGUCGCGAGUCUGGGAACGGGCGAUAAGCUGAAAUUGAAAGAGCUGAUGCGAAGACCGUACAUUCUGAGAACUCCUGCUUGGAAGAGACAGCUCGAGAUAUUGCACCGGCUUCAAGUCAAAUCUGAAAUUCAAGGUCUCUGCUCGGUGAACGAGGUUUUCCUGUCUGAUGUGUAUAUUCCGUCCAAGAUUAAACACAACGGGUGGCUAUGAAAUGAAAAGGAAGACUACGUAUACGAGAAAGAUCGGUGCAGCCACUGUGAUCGUGUGUGGUGUAUACGUCUUAUUUCUGUAGGGCUUGUUGACUGUAAUGUUGGAACUUU